CCGAAUUUCCCGAGCCAACUCCGCCCCGCCCUGUCGCUUUCCCUUCCACACGCGCCGUUCGCUUUGAUCGAUCAGGCAGGCAUGGCCGACGAGACGAAGCAAGAAGCCGCCGCCCCGGCGGCCGAGGUGGUCGUGACGGAGGAGGAGAAGAAGGCAGAAGAGACCGCCCCGGUGGCGGAGGAAAAGGCCGUGGAGGCGGCUGUAGAGAAGGCCGCGGAGGCGGAGGCGGGGGCCGAGGAAAAGGCCGCGGAAGCGGACUCGGAGGAGGAGAAGAAGGCGGAGGAGGCCGAGGAGGCCGCCGCGGGCGAUGAGGCGGCCGUGAUCGAUGGCACUGGGUCGUUCAAGGAGGAGAGUAACCUGGUGUCCGAGCUCCCCGACCCUGAGCGCACAGCGCUCGCGCAGCUCAAGGAGCUCGUCGCCACCGCGCUCGCUAACGGGGAGUUCAACCUGCCGCCGCCGCCAGCCAAGGAGGAGGCCAAGAAGGAGGAGCCGGCAAAGGAAGAAGCUCCGGCGGACAAGGAGGACGAGCCCAAGGCAGAGGAGGCGGCUGCCCAAGAGCCCGUCAAGGAGGAGGCCAAGCCUGAGGAGCCCAAAACGGAGGCGCCGGCGGAAGCAGCGCCCGAGGAGGUUAAGGACGAGACACCCGUGCCGGAAGAGACCAAGACUGAGGCUCCCGCGCCGGAGGAGCCCAAGGCCGAGGAGCCUGCCAAGGAGGAGCUCAAGGCAGAGGCGGCGACGGAAGCGGUCGCCGAGGAGACCAAACCAGCUGAGCCGGUGCCGGAGGAGGAGGAGAAGACGGUCGUUGUUGCCGAGGAGGAGGCCACCAAAACGGUGGAAGCCAUCGAGGAGACGGUCGCCGUCGCCGUCGCCGCCGCCGCGUCCGAGGAGCCCGAGGCGGGCGAGCCGAAGGAGGAGCUGAUCUGGGGCGUGCCGCUGGCGGGCGACGACGAGCGCACGGACACGGUGCUGCUCAAGUUCCUCCGCGCGCGCGAGUUCAAGGUGAAGGAGGCGAUGGCGAUGCUCAAGUCGGCGGUGCUGUGGCGCAAGCGGUUCGGCAUCGACGAGCUCCUCCUGGACGCCGACCUCGGCCUGCGGGAGCUGGAGGGCGUGGUGUUCUACCGCGGCGCCGACCGCGAGGGCCACCCGGUCUGCUACAACGUGUACGGCGAGUUCCAGGACAAGGAGCUGUACGAGAGGGCCUUCGGCGACGAGGAGAAGCGGGAGCGCUUCCUCAAGUGGCGCAUCCAGCUCCUGGAGCGCGGCAUCCGGGAGCAGCUCGACUUCUCGCCCAGCGGCAUCUGCUCCAUGGUGCAGGUCACCGACCUCAAGAACUCGCCGCCCAUGCUCGGCAAGCACCGCGCCGUCACGCGCCAGGCUCUCGCCCUGCUACAGGACAACUACCCGGAGUUCGUGGCCAAGAAGGUGUUCAUCAACGUGCCGUGGUGGUACCUGGCGGCAAACAAGGUGAUGAGCCCAUUCCUGACUCAGCGCACCAAGAGCAAGAUCGUCUUCUGCAGCCCCGGCAAGUCGGCGGAGACCCUCUUCAGGUACAUCGCCCCGGAGCAAGUCCCCGUCCAGUUCGGCGGCCUGUACAAGGAGGACGACACCGAGUUCUCCACCUCCGACGCCGUCACCGAGCUCACCGUGAAACCGUCCUCCAAGGAGACCGUCGAGAUCCCAGCCACCGAGAACUCCACCGUGGUGUGGGAGCUCCGCGUGCUGGGGUGGGAGGUGAGCUACGGCGCCGAGUUCACCCCCGACGCGGAGGGCGGCUACACCGUCAUCGUGCAGAAGACGCGGAAGGUCCCCGCCCACGAGGAGCCCAUCAUGAAGGGCAGCUUCAAGGCCACGGAGCCCGGCAAGCUGGUGCUGGGCGUGAACAACCCGGCGUCCAGGAAGAAGAAGCUGCUGUGCCGGUUCAAGGUGAGGAGCGCCGCCGCCUGAUGAGGGUCGUUGGUCUGGGUCCCAGCAGGUACAGCCUGCCAGCUGCUUGACCACCAGCCCGACAUGUAUAAUUCGAUCGAUCGCCAACCAGGUCCAUACCGCCACCAUUUGAAUGAACAUGCUGCAUUGCAUUACAUGAUAGGAGAGAGAGAGAGAGAGAGAGAGGACAAUAAAGAGUUUCUGCUUCCUAGCUAGGCCCGUUCCGUGUCCUGGUCGUUCUUUGAUUAUUUGUUGGCUUGCUGUUCUUUUUUUUCCUUGGGGGGAGGGUCGCGUUUGUAUGUGUUUAUUACUUGAAUGAAAACAAAAGUGAGCUUGUUAU